ACGGCGCAGGGCACGGCGCUGGGCAGGGGCUGCCGGCGCCGCCCGGCCCGCCCUGCCGCUUCUGCCACAGCCCCGCCGAGUUUGGGGGCGCCUCUUCCCCCCGCUUAAACGACCUGUGCGCCAUCUCCGCCUGGACUCUUCCGAAGGAGUCGCGCCCUUGCUGCUUUACAAAGCCUUCCUCCCGCCAAGCGACUGCUGCCCUCAUGCUCCACGGCUGUUCUGCAGUCCCCCGGUAGCUCCACACCCUUCACACCUUUCAGCUUUGCUGGCCAAACUUUCACUCAGAGGUCAAGUGGAGUCAAGAAGAAGUCUAAAGAAGUUUUGCCUGGGAUUUAAGGAGAAGGCUCCAUAGCAGUAAAGUUAGAAAUCUGAAGCAAUGGGUGACUGGAGCUUUCUGGGGAGACUGUUAGAGAAUGCGCAGGAGCACUCCACGGUUAUUGGCAAGGUUUGGCUGACGGUACUGUUUAUCUUCAGGAUCCUGGUGCUGGGGGCUGCUGCUGAGGAGGUCUGGGGAGACGAGCAGUCAGACUUCACAUGCAACACUCAGCAACCUGGUUGCGAAAAUGUUUGCUAUGACAAAGCCUUCCCCAUUUCUCACAUUCGCUUCUGGGUGCUGCAGAUCAUUUUUGUCUCCACUCCAACCCUCAUCUACCUGGGCCAUGUCCUGCACAUUGUACGCAUGGAGGAGAAGAGGAAAGAGAAAGAGGAGCUGAAAAAGAAGGGGAGCAGCAAAGAUGGCAACUACCCAGUAGCAGCAGCAGCAUCUGGCAGCGGUGGUGGAGGAGGCAGCAAUAACGUCAAAGAUCAACCUAUUGUCAAAAGGGGGAAGGAGAAGCUCCCAAUCCGUGAUGAACGUGGUAGAAUCCGUAUGGGGGGUGCCUUGCUCCGUACCUAUGUCUUCAAUAUCAUAUUCAAGACACUGUUUGAGGUGGGCUUCAUUGUGGGCCAGUACUUCCUAUAUGGCUUCGAGCUAAAGCCGGUCUACCAGUGCAGCCGCUCACCUUGUCCACACACUGUGGACUGCUUCAUCUCGAGGCCCACCGAGAAGACAAUCUUCAUCAUUUUCAUGUUGGUGGUGGCCUCAGUCUCCCUGCUGCUGAACAUGCUUGAGAUAUAUCACUUGGGGUGGAAGAAGCUUAAGCAGGGCAUGACAAGCCAGUACAUCCUAGAGAUGCCUGUCGCAACAAUGACACCAGUUAUGGUAACAGGGGAGUCCAAACCUGUUUCCCUGCCGCCGCCAGCACCACCUGUGGUGGUCACGACUGCCACACCAGCCCCUGUUCUGCCUGACACCCGUGCUGUCACCCCGCUGCUGGCCCCAGUGACCAUGGCAUCGUACUAUGCUACAGCUGCUCCAAGGCCGCGGCCCCCCUCCAACACGACGUCCAUGGCAAGCUACCCCGCUGCUCCACAAGUUCCUGAGGAGAGGCACCGCGCUGUGACUCCCACGCCCAUCUCCACUCCCGUCACCAUCCCGACCCCCAUCCCCACGCCCACGCCAACCGUCAUCAACUACUUCAACAGCGGCAGCCGUGCCCUGACAUCUGAGCAGAACUGGGUCAACAUGGCAGCUGAGCAGCAGGGGAAGGUUUCCUCCAGCUCAGCAGGCUCCUCUACCCCCAGCAGCAUCCGGCAUCCCCUUCCUGAGCAGGAAGAGCCACUGGAGCAGCUACUCCCACCCCCGGCCGUGCUGCCCAUUGCCGCAGCCAACAGCGGCAGCAGCACCAGCCUGAGCGGGGCGAGCGGCAGCAAGUGGGAUGUGGAGGGCGAGGUGGAGCUGUCAGGGGCACGGCCCGUGUCAGCUGCCUGCACCACGGUGGAGAUGCACGAGCCGCCGCUGCUCGUAGACACGCGGCGCCUGAGCAGGGCCAGUAAGUCGAGCAGCUGCAGAGCCCGGUCAGACGACCUGGCCGUGUGAGGCGGUCGCCCUGCUCGGGGAGCGGGUGCUGGAAGGCGGAGUGGGCAGGGGAGCUGCCUGGGGAGGCCAGGCCUGGUGUGGGUGAGGAGGCCUAGCUUCAAACUUAGACGCUUGCUGUUUUUGCACUCUGUGAGUUGUAGUGGGGAAAAUUAUCAACAUUUUCUAAUAGGUCAGGGGUGACCGAAGCGGAGCCUGUGGGCCAGGGGACCAGUCCCGCUUUCCUUCAUGUUCACAGCAGAUCCCUCAAGGGCAGCCGUAGGGGAGGCCUGCACAGGUAACAGGUGGCGGUGGUAGCUGGUCGUCUGCCUUGAGGCUGACUUCCAUCUGAGAAAAAUGUUAAUAUCCCUGGUGCCCAUGCACCUGGCUGUCAUCUCCCUCCUGCCCUUGCCUUCACUUCAGCUCUUUCCCAGAAGCUCUACAUGAGCAGAUGCAAUGACUUAUUUUCUUCCUCUUAAAUCUUACGUAGCCCUAUGGCAAACAUCAGGGUGGUAUAUUGCCUCUUGGCACCUGUUGUGUCUAUGGACCAACUUGCCAUACUAAAGGUAACUCAGUUUCUUCCACAUAACGUGCCUUAUGAAGCCUUUGUGUUCAUGGCAAGUCACUGAUGCGGUCCUCAGCCAGGCAAAGUUUAGGGAACCCCUGGAAUAGAUUUUUGAGGUUCUUCUUUCCAUAAUUUUUUUUUUUUACUCUUGACCUCUUAGGAAGUGUUCAGUUUGACCUUCUAUCCAGUGUUUGCCUACCACGAUCACACCAUGUUUAUAAGCCUGCAAAUAUGUUUGAGCAUGUUUGACUAUAAUUUUAGCUGACUUCUAAAAUUGCUUACAGGAGGACAGGAAUUCAAACCACACCUCGGAAAUUAUUACACAGAACAAUUUCUCUUCAGAAAGCAAGGAUUAUGAUUUCAAUACACUGUGGCUCCAUACAUUGCUCAUGGACAGACAAUUAGGAUAAAGUACAGCUCUGCAUUUUAGACUGUUAGAUAUCAGCAUAAGUUUGUUGGAAAAAUGCUUUUUAGAAGUGAACUUGAGUGCUUAUUUUUAAGUAUUUGAACAUUUUGCGAAUAGUCUGUAGGUUUAAAAUUACUUGACUGUGUACUUAAUAAUUUUAGUUUGAUCUUUGAUCUUACAAGAAAAUGUAAGAGGAAAAAAACUUAAUAAUGGUGAAAUUCCCAAAUCAACAUUAUUUCCUGUUGUGUAGCCUUUAACAUCAAUCUGUAGUGUCUUUAGAUCAGUGAAAACAGACUUAGAUAAUAUUGUAUUGCAGAUAAAGUGGCUAAAAUAUCUGGGCAAUGUGGUGGCUGAAGGGUCUGAAUCUGACUGAAGUCACUUUCAGAAUUUCCAUUCAAUUUAACAAGGAGCAAGAUUUGGGAGUGGAUCUUGCAGGCCUUAUUCAAGCAAGACUAACAUUCACAUGAAGUUUUGGGAGCCAGAAGAAAUCUACAUUUUGGGCCUUAGAAAAAACAUUGAAAUCCUGUGUUUGAAAAAUGUGUGUGUCCCUUAAAAAUGGGUGAAGGAAAGUACUAGGGGUUUUUUUUUUCCUAAGGUGCAUCUUUUCUUUCAACAGAUUCUGUCCUUUAUUCCCUCCUAAACAAGAUGUUAGAAUUCUGCAUGCCUGAAUAGGCUCA